UUGUUACCAGUCGCGUUCUGUUCUUUUCAGACUGCCCCAGAUCGAUCGCGUACACUUCACGUGCCAACCGCUGUACACGCCUGACCUAGAGGCGCGUAGUUUGACGAAAAGUUUAGUCCGUUGCCAUUAUGACAGCUUCAACACGUGCCAGCACCGGCAAUAGCAAGCCACGCAUCGUGCAGCAGAUCGAGAAUGUUAUCGCACCAAAGAAGCGCACGACUACCACAGCCAACACCUCGAAACCUCGCACAACAACCGGUCGCGUCGCGAAACCCAAAGCCACAGCUACCACCACCGGACCAAGGACCAAGGUCGUGAAGAAGAGACGUACUCCCACGGAGAAGGUGAAAGAUAAGGUCGUGGGAACUGCUGAGAAGGUCGUGGGCGAGGUCGAAGGAAAGCCGGGAAAGAAGGCAGCUGGAACGAGGAAGGUGAACGGCACGGGUGCAGGCGCAACAAGGAGAAGGCUCUAGGCAGAGCUGCGCAACUCAGAUCGUCAUGCUCUCUUAUACCCGGACUGCCUCUAUUUGUAAAGAUCUGAGACUAGAGGAGCAGUAGAAAAUUGCUGUUAAAAUCUACCAGAACGUACCUAUAAUCACUUCUCGUGCUGUAGAACUCGCUCCUCAGACUUCUUUACUGUCCAUCAAUCUAUCAAGCUG